AUGGCCAAUAUGAAGUGUUUUGUUGUGUUUACAUUGCUGACAGUAAGCUGCGCUUUGGCACAGUUCAACGAAGGUCGCUACUAUGCGGACCAACUUCAGGGCAGAUUCGAUGAUGGAAAAUAUCGUCCAGAUGGCAGCGGAGUUUACCGACCUGAUGAUAGUGGCAAAUACACCGGAAGCGUUAGUGGCCAAUUGUCAGGCAAUCGGAGACCAGGUGGAUUUGUCAACAAACCAGCUUCCAUUUUCAACUCCCCACCUGCUGCUGUUUUCGCUCCUGCACCAACCAGAAGACCAGCAUUUGGAGGGGCCAAUGUAGGAACAGGUAGUGGUAACCACAUCGGUAUCAAGGAAUACAUCAAUGAACAAUCUGAGAAUGGAUACGACUACCGCUACCUGACCGAGAAUAAUAUUGACGUUGCCGAGUCGGGACGAAUUGAAAACCCUGGUUCCGAAAACCAAGUGCUCCGAGCCCAGGGCUACUACGAGUUCACCGCUGAUGACGGUGUCCGCUACCGUGUGGAUUACACUGCCGACGAAAAUGGAUUCCAGGCUGCGGGCGCCCAUUUGCCAACUCCACCACCAAUCCCGGAGGCAAUUCUGCGAUCGUUGCAAGCGCAGAGGCAGUAG